ACUUAUUUUAGAAACAUGCUAGAACUAAACUAUAAUUUUCUUCACUGGUUUAAACGCCACCAUUUUCUUUAUAUGUUCGGUUUCUUCCUAAACUUCCGGCCCAUAACUCCGUUUUAUCAUGAGAUGUUAGUGACUACGAAAAACAUUACUGAUCAAGAAUAUUACGAAAGACUUUAUCCAGUGUCAACUUACAGUGCUGUGAUAGUAUCAUUUAUAAUUUUCAUAUGUAUAAACUUUUGUUUGUUUAAUUACCUGUUAGUUCUGGGAUGUGUUGGAGGAUUGGUGUUUUCGAUAGCCAUGUGGCAAACGGACACUGUUGGUAGUCUUCAAGUCGCUGAGGUUUUCGAGGGAUGCUUCGUUGCGACGGAAAUAAUAUAUUUCGCUUCAAUUUAUGUCUGCCACGACCUGAAACUAAGCUUUGCAGCUAAGACGGCCUCUAUCAGAGUAGUUCCAGUAGUGGCACAAUUGACUGCGGCGAUUUUGGCACAAUUACUGGUAACGAAUGGGUGGUUAAAUUUAACGGAGAUUACGUUUUUGGGUGUCCCAGCAUGUGCACAUUCUAUUCUCCUGGUGUACCAUCUGCCGUCUAUGUUUGAACUACAAGCAAUUCCAGAAAACUUUCUUCCAAAGUUAUCAUUUUUCAAGAAGAAACUGAAAGAUACGUUUUCCAAUCAUCAUGUCGUCCAGUACUCACUAUGGAUAGCAUUCACUAUGAGUGGUUAUGCUCAGAUUUCCUUCACCAUGCAAACUCUAUGGAGACAAUCUCAAAUUGAAGACAGCGAAGCACCUUACAAUGGAGCCAUAGAAGGAAUUUGUUCGUUUUUAUCUUUGUUAGGUAUUUUACUAGGCGCCACAUUAAAACCAAAUUUUAAACGUCAAAAUGCACUUUUGUCUGUGACAUCAUUGUUACAGUGUAGCUUACUGUUUGGUUUCGCGUAUGUAAGCAAUACCUGGGAGCGCACAAUUUUGUAUAUAGUACUGAACUUGGUGUACCAUUUCGUGAUUACUAGAAUAACAGCAAUAGUAGCUGAAAUUGCAAACAGUAAAGCGUGUUUUGGAACAGUUUUUAGUUUUAUUGGUUUAAUCUACUCUAUUCUAAAUCUAGUAUUUGCUUGUGUUAUUAACAAUAAUGGAAUUUAUUUAACGGUACAACAACAAUUUACUGUCUAUGGUGGUUACCACUUUGUCGCGGCCCUUUUAAUGGCGUAUGUGUACGUAGUUAGUUUCUGGUGUAAGUCUUGAAAUUCUACAGUAUUUGUAACAGUGAGUCUCUUAUUAUAUUUAUACGCUCGCAAGAAAAUGUUAUAAUAUCUAUAAAUAGUACGAAUAAAUAUAUUUUUUUAUUAUAUAUAGAAA